GCCAAGCCCACUUCUCCCGGUCCGCACCGCCGCUGGCCCGCCGGUCCCCCACCACAGCCAUGGACGCCAUCAAGAAGAAGAUGCUGAUGCUAAAGCUGGACAAGGAGAAUGCCAUCGACCGCGCUGAGCAGGCCGAGGCCUACAAGAAGCAAGCUGAGGACCGCUGCAAACAGCUGGAGGAGGAGCAGCAGGCCCUCCAGAAGAAGCUGAAAGGGACAGAAGAUGAAGUGGAAAAGUAUUCAGAAGCAGUGAAGGACGCCCAGGAGAAGCUGGAGCUGGCCGAGAAGAAGGCCACCGACGCCGAGGCAGAUGUGGCCUCCCUGAACCGCCGCAUUCAGCUGGUAGAGGAAGAGCUGGACCGGGCACAGGAGCGUUUGGCUACAGCCCUGCAAAAGCUGGAGGAAGCUGAGAAGGCAGCUGAUGAGAGGGAGAGAGGAAUGAAGGUCAUUGAAAACCGAGCCAUGAAGGAUGAGGAAAAGAUGGAGCUGCAGGAGAUACAGCUGAAGGAGGCCAAGCACAUCGCGGAGGAUUCAGAUCGCAAAUAUGAGGAGGUGGCCAGGAAGCUGGUGAUCCUGGAAGGAGAGCUGGAGCGCUCAGAAGGAAGAGCUGAGGUGGCUGAGAGCGGAGCCAGGCAGCUGGAGGAGGAACUUGGAACCAUGGACCAGGCCCUCAAGUCCCUGAUGGCCUCAGAGGAGGAGUAUUCCACCAAAGAAGAAAAGUAUGAAGAGGAGAUCAAACUGCUGGAGGAGAAGCUAACGGAGGCUGAGACCCGAGCAGAGUUUGCUGAAAGGUCUGUGGCAAAGUUGGAGAAAACCAUUGAUGACCUGGAAGAGACCUUGGCCAGUGCCAAGGAGGAGAACGUGGAGAUUCACCAGACCCUCGACCAGACCCUGCUGGAACUCAACAACCUGUGAGGGUUGGCCCUGCCUCCAGCCAGGCUAUAGUUGCUGCCCCAACCCAAUAAAACUAAUGUUACUGGCAAAAUAAA